UUAUGAUAACGAGUUUAUUUAUUCAUCGGAUUUUGACUUUUUUGAAUUUUACAAUUGAUAUUCGAGAAGUUUGUGUAUUCCUUGCUCCUCUUUUUAGCUCAUUUACUGUUUUAAUUACUUUCUUGUUGACUAAAGAAGUUAAAGGCGCUGGAUUAAUUGCAGCUGCUCUAAUUGCUAUAGUUCCUGGUUAUAUUUCACGUUCUGUUGCUGGUUCAUAUGACAACGAAGGGAUUGCCAUAUUUUGCAUGUUACUUACAUAUUAUUUUUGGAUUCGUGCUGUAAAAACUGGGUCAAUUUUUUACUCAGUCUUAUGCGCACUUGCUUACUUUUAUAUGGUUUCUAGUUGGGGAGGUUAUGUAUUUCUCAUCAAUUUAAUUCCGCUUCAUGUUCUCACGCUUAUUUGUACUGGGCGGUUUUCUCAUCGUACAUACGUUGCUUAUUGCACAACUUAUACGCUUGGAACAAUUUUAUCAAUGCAAAUUCCUUUUGCUUUUGGUGUAUUUGGUCUUUGUCAAAUUGUUGCUUUUGCUAGCUGGAUGAGGUCAAAAAUGACAGCUGAUCGUUUUCAAUUGGUAUUACGUUCGGUUCUCCUAGUAUUUGGAGGUGCAGCAUUUUUAGCACUUAUUGUUGCUACAUUCUUACAUAAAAUUGCACCUUGGACUGGUCGUUUCUACUCUCUUUUGGAUCCUUCUUAUGCAAAGAACAACAUACCUAUUAUAGCUUCUGUUUCCGAACAUCAGCCAACUGCGUGGAGUAGCUUUUAUUUUGAUCUACAAUUUUUGGUUUUUACUUUUCCAACUGGUCUCUAUUUUUGCUUCAAACAGCUUACUGAUGCUAAUAUUUUUGUGAUUUUGUAUGGGCUUACUUCAAUCUAUUUUGCAGGUGUUAUGGUUAGAUUGAUGCUGGUACUUGCUCCAAUAAUGUGUAUUUUGGGUGGAAUUGCCGUUUCUUCCACGCUUGGCAAUUAUAUUGCCAAUCUAGAUUUAUUUGGUACAACGGAGAAAAAAAGCGGAUCCAAAGAUACAGUUGGAGGUAAAUCUUAUGGAAAAGUUGGAAAGAAAGAAGACAAUUAUCCAUAUAAACAAGAGAUUGCAACAGCAGUUGUAUUAGCAAUGACAUUUUGUUUGUGCACUUUUGUGUUUCACAGCGUUUGGGUGACAAGUGAGGCCUACUCAAGUCCUUCCAUUGUACUUUCAGCUCGUUCGGGUGAUGGCGGCCGAAUCAUUUUUGAUGAUUUUCGUGAGGCAUAUUAUUGGCUACGUAAGAAUACACCAACUGAUGCAAAGGUUAUGUCCUGGUGGGAUUAUGGAUAUCAAAUUUCGGCAAUGGCAGAUCGAACGACAAUUGUUGACAAUAAUACUUGGAAUAACACGCAUAUUUCACGUGUUGGUCAAGCAAUGUCUUCAAAUGAAAGUCAUGCUAUUGAAAUAAUACGUGAAUUAGACGUUGAUUAUGUUUUGGUUAUUUUUGGUGGAGUAACUGGAUAUUCCUCUGAUGAUAUAAAUAAAUUCCUCUGGAUGGUUAGAAUUGGUGGAUCUACACCAGAGGGCCGGCAUAUUCAUGAAUCAGAUUAUUUUACUAAAAAUGGAGAAUUUAGAGUUGAUAAAGAAGGGUCUAAAACAAUGUUAAAUUGUAUGAUGUAUAAACUUUGUUAUUAUCGUUUUGGUGCUGUCUAUACAGAACAAGGAAGACCUACUGGUUAUGACAGAGUUCGACAUGCUGAAAUUGGCAAUAAGGAUAUUGACUUUGAACAUUUAGAAGAAGCAUACACAACCGAACAUUGGAUUGUACGUAUCUAUCGAGUGUUAGCCCCAGCAAACAGACGAUGAGUUAAAUAAAAUUUAAAAUUAGAUAUUUUGGUUUAUUCUGUUGGAAUUUUUGAGCAAAAUUAUUUUGGAUUUUUUACUGCUAGAAUUGUUUAAUUUAAAUUAUAUUCUGUUAUUUGCAUAAUUCUUUCAGAGGGGAAUAGGACUUUAAUUCAUUAAUUAAGGAAAAUUCUUUAAGCAUGUUAGCGGUAAUCUUCCACUUACGCAAUAAAAGUAAUAAAAAACUUUCAUAUUUUUUUUUCAAACUAAUUAAAAUAGUUAAUAAUAUUUAUGUGAUUUUUUCACUUUCUUGCCUUUUAUUUUC